AUGGCUCUGUUUCGCGCGCGGCUCGGCGGGUUCUUAGCGGGAUUCGCGGUGGCGUCGGCAGGAGCGAUGUACCUGCUACAACGAGAUCUCUUAGCGAGUCAUAAAGUGCUCACGGAGCAGGCGGAGGGGUACAUUGCUGCAGUGGAGGCUCGCUUGGCCCGUCUGGAGAAUCUGACGGCUUCCCUGGCGGAUGCACACUCACACAGCCACCAGGCUGCUGCCGAGGGCACUCACAUGCGUGAGUGUCCUAUGCUGAUUGGCCACAUGCGUGAGUGUCCUAUGCUGAUUGGCCACAUGCGUGAGUGUCCUAUGCUGAUUAACCACAUGCGCUCACAUCCCCAUCUGUUCCCUCUCACGUUUACUUGCAUGGGCUAG